AUGAUGGAUGCCUUCGUACAGCGGCUGCCGCGCCCAAGGCCACCCACCCCGUCGAGGUCUCCCUCAAGACCGUCGCCUCUCGGUGAAAGACCCGCCAAGAAGGUCAAGGUCGAGAUCCAGGAUAGCGACUGUGAAGACGAUGAGUGUGAUGUAAAACUAGCAGAAGAAGAUGCCGACACUUCUGGAAUUACCGUCAACGAUGUCUCGGAUGAAGAGGGCAAAGGCAGUCUCAGUACCCGGCAAACCGAUAUCGAGAGUACUCUGCCGCCUAUCCAUGCGGACAAGGAAGCGAUUGAGGAGUACGAAUUGAUGAAGAGCUCCCAGGCCGGCGCUCCUGACGACGAGGAGAAACCAGUCACGGCAAAUCGUCAAUGGGUCCGGGGCAAGAGCUCCAUCUACGUGGAUGCGUUCAACCUCGCGUUGGAAACCGUCUUGGCUGAUGAAUCUCAUCUUUUCGAUGCCAAAGAACGCACCGUCUUCGAGCAGUGGGAGAGCCUUGACUAUGAGGCCCAGUAUCUUUACGUUCGACUGUUUCUGCGCAAGACAUCGGCUUGGCAUCGUCAAGACCGGCUGGGCUAUUACAGUGAUAUCUCGGACCCCGAGGCGGCCAUAGAGUCACUCCAGAAACCGAGAGACCUUCCAGAGGUUGAGGCCUCCAAGGAAAGCAACCCAGUCGAGGGCAUUGAGCUGGAGGAGUUCAGCCUAGGCGACACAUUCACCUUCGCCGAUGCCUCGGAGGAGCACAUCACUACUAUCGAGGAGGCUGCUUCCUUGCUAAGCCUGGAUGAGCUCAAAGAUCUUGCUAAAGAGGCCAAGUUCCAGGGGCGAAAUAAGGCUGAUCUGGUAAAAGCGCUCUGCCGAACAGGGUACCAACAGACCGGCCUCUUCGCGCAUGGGCUUCAUAGAUCUGGUAGCGGAGAAUCACAGACUGCCCGAGGCCUGAUGAGGCAUGGUCACGACACACCUCCACCACUCAACCGGCAGGAAUCGAAUCAGACGCAGCAUUUCCUGGACAAAAUCAGGGACAUCACUGGACCAUGCAUCAGACUUUCACCACUGACGUACAAACUGUUUGAGAGGGUGCACCUGGUAUUCUAUCGCUCGACGGAAUGGACCGAAAAGUCCCUCACGGCAAUCAUCCUUGCCAGCAUCGCACGCCGCAACUACCCCGAGUAUAUCGUCUGCCGAAGCACUAAUAUCUUCGUCACGCGCAAGCAUGUGCUCGAAUUCGAGUCAGCACUUCGAGUGGAAGCUGAAGUUGACCAGAUCCUCGAGUUCAAUGGAUCGCCGGGCGAAGCAGGGUUUCGCAAGGUUGUGGACAUCUUCAAUCGAGUCUACCCUCGGUGGAAGGUCCUUUUGGCCGAGGAACAGGAAAAAGAAAAGAGAGUUUAUGAAGAGGGCGAGGGCGCCUACCUAAGAAGAUUUACUCCGGUCCACUCAUACACUCGCAUUGUCCACAAAGCCGCGGCCGUGUUUGGGCGACUGAAGGAUCACGAACGCGAGCAUGCCACCCUCACGGAGCUUCUGGACCAGCACCUGUUCCACCCAGCGCGACGAGGCAGUUGGUAUCAGCGCAAAGCUCUGCUCGAGGAGCAUUACAUGCAUGCACUCGAUGGCAACGCGGUGUCUGUCGACCCUGACGUUCAGAAGAAGCAUUGGAAGCGAAUCGCGGCGACGACAUGUGAAACAGGUCUCGAAGACAAAGAUUGCCAUCUGAUCUAUCACUACGAUUUGCAAAAGCGUCUCGUCAAGCUUGAGAAACAACUCCGCAUACCUCGUCGUUUGCAGCAUGACUUUGGGCACGUUCGUCUUCAGAAGCCAGUGGAGCAUACGGUUGAGGGCAUACAAUUGAAGAGAGAUGACCGGCAAGGCAAGAACGGCCGCCAAGCAAGCACCAAGACCAUCUGGGUCGAUGAGCUAGAAGCCGGCGGCGAAUGCAGCGUCGAAGAGAUGUGCCUGAGUUGGUAUCGCGGCCAGGGAUACAAGGGCUACCACGCCGAGGGGGGCAUUGUCCGCACUUUGUUCGCCUAUCUCUUCUACGACAUUCUGUUUCUCUACAUCCCGAAUGUGUUCCAGACGGCGUAUCAGACAUGUCCGUUGGACCUGCACACCGAUUCAUUUUACCCGACUCGCAUGUCCGAGAUCAACCAUCGGCUGGUCGACAUCGCGAACGGCGGUGCGGAGAGAAUCAUCCGCAAGAUUGACACUAGAGAGCGCGAACGGCGCACUUGUGUCAUCGGCCUGAACUGGGAUUACGACAUUGAGGAUCUUGUGGAACUCGUCGGCUGCUUCAACGGAGGCGCACUGGCGGCCCUCUGCAAGGUGAUGGCACAGGAGUACCGGCAGCGGGGCGGAGGCCUGCCGGACCUGAUACUUUGGCGGACGGAGCCAGAAAAGGAAUGCAUGUUCGCUGAGGUCAAGAGCGCCAACGACCGGCUCAGCGACACGCAGCGAUUGUGGAUCCAUGUCCUGACGGGAGCAGGCGUCAAGGUGGUUCUCUGCAACGCUGUGGCCAAAGAAGUCAGAGAAGUUGAUUGA